UCGCCCAAAGCGGAAGUGAGUACUUUUAGAUAUUUGCAGCUGUGAUGAACCACAGGAGGAUGUGAAAACGGGAAGAAAACGCUCAUUUGCUGCCUCUUAAGAGUACAAAACGACACUUCUAAUCAGAUAAAGAGUCAGACGGAGCCGACGACAUGAUUUUAGCAGCGUGCUCGUUUUUCUUGAUAAUUUCGGGGGCCGGAGCGGCUCAGAAAGGAGCGGACGACGACUGGGUUCAUCUUCCUAACAAAUGUGAAGUCUGUAAGUUCGUCAGUAUCGAGAUGAAGUCGGCGUUCGAUGAAACAGGGAAGACGAAGGAGGUCAUCGACAGGAACUACCGCUUCAUAGACAGCAAGGGAGCGCCGCCAAUCAAAUACGUCAAGUCAGACCUCAGAUUCAUCGAGGUUGUAGAAAAUGUGUGUCAGAGGCUGCUGGAAUAUAAUCUGCACAAAGAGAGAACCGGCAGUAACCGCUUCGCCAAGGGCAUGUCAGAGACCUUCUCCACCCUUCAUGGUUUGGUGAAUAAAGGAGUGAACGUAGUGAUGGAUAUUCCCUUCGAGCUGUGGAACGAGACUUCAGCAGAAGUGGCCGACCUGAAGAAACAGUGUGACGUGUUGGUGGAGCAGUAUGAGGACGUGAUUGAGGACUGGUACAAAGGAAGCCAGGAGGAAGACUUGACCACAUAUCUGUGUGAGAAACAUGUUCUCAAAGGACAAGACACAGCCUGCCUGAAAGAAGAGUGGUCCGCAAGGAAGAAGGGAGACCCGGCAGCCAUCGCUGAGGACAAGAAGAAGAAGAAAAAGAAGAAGGGAGGGAAAGGGAGCGGACGGAGGAGACGGCAGCUCGGAGGGAGAGAAGACGACCAAGAAGAAGAAGGAGAAGAAAGUGAAGAAGAAGAAAAAGGGAAAGGCUCCGGCGGAGAAGAUGGACGGAGGGAUGUCUUCGGACGAGGAGAUCCAGCCGCAGGUGCUUCUGUCCGGGCAGAAGACGGAGCUGUGAGCCCCGGUCCGGACCUGGAUCAGCUCUACUAGACGAAACUAAACUCUUAGUAAAAAGCAGCUUGUUGAGGUUGAGAUGAGCUCUCGUACUGUUACACGCCGUUUUUUAAAAGUCUUCGUUUUAGUUUAUUUUUGGACGGUCUGAGCUUGUUGCAGGUUCUUAGUGUUUUAAGAUUUGAGGUCUUUGCACACCGAGUCCGUUUUUUUUAAAUCCGUCAUCUGACAAAAAUGGUUACGCACAGAAACCUUUCACACUGAGUCCGAUGUGUUUUAUUACUAUAUUCGAAAAUUUGCAAUACAAAGCAAAACAGAGUCGUCAAGCAGUGAAGAUGAUUUUUCAUCUAAAUUUCUUUAAAGAAAAAAGAACCACACAGUCUCUGCUAGAGCUGACGGUAUCAGUGUUUCCAGGCUGUGUCGUUUGCGUGUACGGUGGCUCUGAGCGGUCAAACAACUCUGUAAACGCAGAAAAUCGAACCUGCUCCGAAAACUUUAACGACGGACGAAACUUUUGGAGUCGGUGCAUAAUAAACGCGAUCAACACAACGUAUUUAUUUUUUAACGUGCGACAAUUUCGGACGGAAAAAAAACAAACUUGGCGUGCAAAGACCUUUUUUAAGAACCCAUAAUCCAAACUAACGUGUUUGGUCGUUUGACAUUUUCACCUCCAUUUCAGCUGGAAUUCAAACUAAUGUUGAUUUGAACUUGCAGGCACCCUUACUAACAUUGUCUCUGCUUUAAGGGAUAAUUCUGCUUUAUUACUUAUUUUAAUACUUUAAUGCCGUGUUUCUAUUGGUUAUAAUAUCACUAAACGCUUCCAGUUAACUGCAAACAUCUGGGAACACAAUGACGUCGCUAAAACUGUAAACACGCUUCAAAACAAUUUGGAUGAAUCAUUAAUCAUUUAUCAAGCAAAAACGGUAUCUUAAAUAUAUUUGCUGCUUUUCUCGCUUUUAUUUAAUUGUUAAUUGAAUUUCUUUGUGUUUUGGACUGUUGGUCAAACAAAACAAUCAAUGUAAAGACUUCUGGGAAACAAUGAAGGGCAUUUUUAUUAUUAUUUGUUGAUGUUUUGUAGAAUAAAAUAUUAAUUUAUUAAUUGAAAAAUGAUAAGUUGCAGCCCUGAAAACACCAACACUGGAUUCCUGAAGUGUCCAUCAGCUGUUGGACGAUGUUAGUUUGAGUUGAUGCUUGUUUGUUUUUUAUUAUUAUUUCAUUGUGUCUUUAUGUUGAUGUAAUUUGAAGUGUGGCUCAUGCUGUUUCUCCUUUAUAAUGUGAAUUUAUGUGUUCUUUCUUCACAUCUCUGCUGUUUUUAAAAGCCUCGUAUUUACAGAAAUAUUCAUUCCACCUGAUAAUCGGUACAUUAUCAAUAAUCUGUUUUGAUUUAAUACACUUUAAAGAUCUUUGAAGAUGCUCAGAAUGAGUUGAUGGACAGUCAACGUUCUUCUAUAGAGUUGCUUUUCUGUGUGAUAUUUGAAAUAUUAUGAUAUUUUUCAGUGUUUUCUAUCAGUAUAAGAAACUGACUGUUCAGAAAUCAGAUGUUUAAACAUCUCAGCAGAUUAGAUUAUUGUAUUUUCAGCUUUUUUUUUUUUUUUUUAAAGGUUUCAGUUUCAGUGAAAUUCCCCUUUAAUGAGUAAACACAACAUGAGGUACCUCGUUAACAUGUUAGAGAUUUGUGUUCCUGUGAUGUGUUUUAUGCUUUUGUUUGUUUGUUUCUUUGUGUGUGCUGUACAAAAGCUGCUAUUUCAGGUGUGUGUUUGUGUGUGUGUGUGCUUGUUAAACUGCCGAGCCGACGAUGAAGGUUUGUGUGUGUGUGUGUUUUUUUGCAUUUUUUCUCAAGUGUGUGCGUGUGUGUGUGUGUGUUUCUACAGAUUUUUAUGCUGAAGUAAAACGCUGGCUGUGUUGGAUUUGAGUCGCUGUUUGAAACCUUGAGCUGACACAUCAGUGGAUCAAUAAACAGCUUUGAAAAACUC